UAAGGCAUGAACCUGGUCUCUCUAUGCGUACACACCCAUAGAAGGCAGGGGAAAGAAAUAGACUGGAAAGACCAUUAAAGAUAGAGCAGCAGUGCACUUUCUUUAUUACCAACGAGCCGAGGAAUUAAAAAACAACAACAGUAAUACUAAUACUCAACGUGAGGGCAUCUCAAACGGCGGUGGACGGUGUACUUUUCGGUUGUGAGAGGGACUGGAUCCAGGUUGACAUUGCAGAAGAUAGCCUACUUACUUGCGUCAUCUGCCUCUAAUUUUACAGUCAAAUAUUAAAGUAAUAUAAAAAUGAAGAGUGUCAGGAGCUGUAUUGGCACACUUGUGGUGCUGAUAUUGUGUCGAGUGGGAGAGAUUACAGAAGCGUGCAGUUGUUCACCCGUCCAUCCUCAACAGGCGUUCUGCAAUGCUGAUGUUGUAAUCAGGGCCAAGGUGGUUGGCAAAAAAGAAGUGGAUUCUGGGAAUGAUAUUUAUGGGAACCCCAUCAAGCGGAUUCAGUAUGAGAUUAAGCAGAUUAAGAUGUUCAAAGGCCCGGAUCACCACAUCGAUGUGGUCUUCACUGCGCCCUCAUCUGCCGUGUGUGGGGUGACGAAUUUGGACACUAAUGGCAAGAAAGAGUACCUCAUCUCAGGCAAGGCAGAGUCCAAUGGCAAGAUGCAUGUGACUCUCUGUGAUCUCAUCAUGCCCUGGGAAUCCAUGAGUGCUACCCAGAAGAAGAGCCUCAGUCAGCGCUACCAGAUGGGGUGUGACUGCAAGAUCAUACGUUGUGCGACCUUCCCAUGCAAGAUCAGCGCACCUGAGGAGUGUCUGUGGACAGAUUGGGUGACGGAGAAGAUCAUUCACGGGCGCCAGUCUGACCAUUACGCUUGCAUCAAGAGAGGAGAUGGCUCCUGCGCCUGGUACCGUGGAGUCGCUCCACCCAAGAAAGAGUUUCUGGACAUGGAGGAGCCUUAAUCUGUCUCUCUCUGUCCCUCUCCACAUCGCCUGCUCUGAGGUUCUUAAAAAUAUUAUAAAUAAGGUGUAAGUUAAUAUUGAUAAAAAGACAAAACUACUACUAUUAGACGCUUCCAAAUUGAAAUGUUAAGGCUAGAUUAGUGUACAGUCUUCAUUAGAUAUCGGAAUAUGACACUGAAUGGAGUGAAGUAACUACCCCAUCCAAGGCUGGCACCCCAAAACGCUUCCCAGGUGAGGGACAAUCUUUAAACGAGCACUUUCCACCCCAAACAGCGCUUAGAUUUCUCUUUGCAAAAUGGACCUGAAAUGUCUUCUACCAUCUCCCACAAUUGCAGUCUCUCAGCUCAUUUAAUAUGUUCAGUUUCUGGCAUUUUUGUCCAAACCCACGUGGGGUGACAGUGAAAGUAUUACUUUGGAAGGUAGUUUGUAAUAUCCAAAGCCAUGCCAAUUGGUCCACUGAUAAAUGGUGAGGCAGGACUUCCCAGAUAGUUCAAAGAUGUGCAGGGACCACGAAAGAACUUUUGAAAGACAGCUGGGGUUUGGAAAACUAAAAAGACCAAAGUCAAUGUCACUAGACAUGAAUUUGUGAGGGAAACUAAAUCUCCUAGUGCUGCUGACCAAAUUUCAGGAUGUUGAACUGUUGUAUAUUAAGAUGUUAUUAAUUCCACAUCCACUGCUUUUCAUCACCAUUGUGUCCAUUCGCUUCAUGGAGUAUCCUUCGUGUAUACCGAAAUGAAGGAAUAACAGCGUAAACAUCUAUUAUCCUGACGACAGUUCCAGUGUUCAUAAAUAGUUUAGCAAUAUACAUUAAAUUCCAUACAAAUUUGACUUUUUAUGAACUUUUAUGAAUCAAACAUCCUUAACUUUUUGCCUGUUUACCUCUCUAAACAUUUACUUUGUCUCAAACAUACAUUGGGUCUCAUUCACUAUUGUGUGUACACAAGUCUUACUUAUUUCAGAGUAAUGUCAUAAUCUUUUUUCUUUCUUUCUUUUUUUGCAGAGUAGCACAUUUUAUUGUGUGUUAUAGCUCGAUCUGGAUUCUGCCUCAAAUGCCUCCAAUCAAAUGUAGUGUAGGCCUCCAUAUAUUAGAUCAUGCUGUGCUUUAGAGAGCAUAAGAUUGCACCUGUACAGGUGAGGUUGAGCAAAAAGCCCUUAUAUGGAGAUGGUUUGGGCAUGUAUUAUGCUAAUAACUAACUGCAGGGAUAUGCUCCGUCAUUUCAAAUUAUCCAGAUUCAUCAACAUUUAAAUAUGGCAGAAGUUUUUCCGCACUCAUAAUUAAGAAUAUUUGUACGCAAUAUAGUGAAUGAGACACAAUAGGAUUACCUGUCCAUUUUAUGCCUUUAUUCCUCUGUCAAGAGUUAAGACUAUGAGUUUAGUAAUGAUUCUUUUUGAACUUGUUGCACUUUCUAAAAAUAAAACCAGGAGAGGACUGUCUCUCAUUUUCUGCUUUUUUCCUCACAUUUAAAUGCUUUAAUACAUUUAUGAAUUAAAACAUCAAUUAUCUAAGGUUGUCGUGAGCUCUUUUAAAUUGUGUAUUGUUAUUUUAUUGUUUAAUUAUGCACCCGAAGAGGUACAUAAGACUUAAGUUGCCAUGGUAAUGGGAAGACCCUUAGUUUUGCCCUAGAGUAAAACAAGGCUGAUUGGAUUGGCAUGCAAAGACACAGACCUAUAGCAUGCUCUGAUUCUCCUCACAGAAUGAGGAAACCAAGGCAGGACUUCCUUCCUCCUGUGAUGUCAAUAAAUUCUGGAGUUUAUUGGCAGCUUGAGAGGAAGGCACAGAGUUGGGUUGUUGCAGCUGUCCCCUGAUUGGGCGUUGCCAAGUCAUGUGAUUGACUAAGGGUAAGACUUUAGAAUACUAGUUGCUAGGCGCUUCGUCAGGGUGAGCCAUGUGGCACAAUGUGGUCAGAGUGAUGGAGAGAAAGAGAGAAGAAACAGAACCGCCGAUGAAGCAACAACAAAAAGUGUUGAUAGAUUGGGUGCAGUUGGUGCAGAUACUGCCAUUGUUUUGUAAGGCAUCACAAUCAUUGUAUAAAAUCAACACUGCAAUCAUUUUUAUUGACAAAGGGAGCAUUAUUUUGGGUGCUAGUUAAAUUCAUGCCUUUAUAUUUUGGCUAUCAGUGUUCCAAGCACUAAUGUGUAUGAUGCUUAUUCUUUGCUCAUGUGUGAUUUAAAUUAAGAUUUUUUUCAAUAUCCUUUUCUUUCAUCAUGCCAGAAGCAUUGUCAUAAACAAGCUUGAAGUCUUUCGAAUAGGCUACAAAAAUCUACAAGGUUAACACAUUGAGCUAUAACUACAUAAAUUGCUUUGUAUUAAUUGUUAUUGAACUUAAAUAGCAUAAGUUAAAUGGGUUUUUUUUUCUCCAUGUUUCUACUUUUUUAUAUAUAUGUGUGUUAUUACCUUUGAUUUAUAUGAUCGUGUUAUUUUUUACCAGUCUUUUGUCUAACUUUUUAAUAUUUUGCUGAAAAGUGCAGGAAUGUGAGAGCUCUUGUGUCUGAACCACAUGAGAGAGUUGUGGUAGAAGAACCAGACUAUGCAUGUCUUUGAUUCUUUGUGUAAUACCCAUGUGGAUGUUUACUUGACAGAUAAAUAUACAAUAUUACCAAAUAAAACAUUAA